UCGCUUCGUCGGUGUUCCGGGACUGCCAGCGGGCUCUUUGUGGUGCGGUUCUGCUAUCUCCGCCGGCGGUGCGUGGUCUGACCCCGACUCGAGAUGCCCGUCUGGGGAGGUGGCAACAAGUGCGGGGCCUGUGGGAGGACCGUGUACCACGCGGAGGAGGUGCAGUGUGACGGCAGAAGCUUCCACCGCUGCUGCUUUCUGUGCAUGGUUUGCAGGAAAAAUUUAGAUAGCACAACCGUGGCAAUUCAUGAUGAGGAGAUCUACUGCAAAUCCUGCUACGGAAAGAAGUAUGGGCCCAAAGGCUACGGUUAUGGCCAGGGCGCCGGCACGCUCAACAUGGACCGGGGUGAGAGGCUGGGCAUCAAGCCAGAGAGUGCUCAACCUCACAGGCCUACAACAAAUCCAAACACUUCUAAAUUUGCUCAGAAAUACGGAGGUGCUGAGAAGUGUUCCAGAUGUGGGGAUUCUGUGUAUGCUGCUGAAAAGAUAAUUGGAGCUGGAAAGCCCUGGCACAAAAACUGUUUCCGGUGUGCCAAGUGUGGGAAGAGUCUUGAAUCCACAACCCUGACUGAGAAAGAAGGUGAAAUCUAUUGUAAAGGAUGCUAUGCAAAGAACUUUGGACCCAAGGGAUUUGGCUAUGGCCAAGGAGCAGGAGCCCUCGUUCAUGCUCAGUAGAGUGUAAGCCCAGAACCAAGAUCGCACACUGAGAACCUCUACAUCCUCUAGGCACAGAUAAUCUACCACUAAACUACUGUGAAAUUCUGCCAGCACUUAAGUACUGUCUGUUGUCCCGUACGUGGAGAGGCUGGCUGACUCGUAGGAAGAGAGCACGGUGUCCUUUUGCUUUAUUCAUCAGCAUUUUCAAGAAUUGUUUCUUUUACAUUUUAAAUAAAACUUCAGCUUGA